AUGACAGAUAAAUCUACACUCGAUCUAUCUACCGUCAAAGGCGUCCAAGCCUACAUCAUCGAUACACCCUUCACCAGCACCGAGAUCCUACCCCUAUCCGGCGGAUCCGCGAACUACGUGUUUAGACUCACGUUGGAGAAACCAUAUGAGGGCCGCACGACGUUGAUCCUCAAGCACGCUAAACCGUAUGCCAAAAAUCAUCCAGAGUUCGCGUUACCAGCUGAGCGGCAGAUAUACGAAGUCGAAGCUCUAAGACGCGUCUGGGCGUUGAUCCCCGCAGAGGCGAUUGCAACAGUUCCGCAGGUCCAUUUCGUCGACGAGUCCAUGUGCGCGAUCAUCAUGGACGACUCUGGGCCUUCCUCCAUGACUCUCAAGGAAUUUAUGAUUCAAGGCAAGGCGUCAGUGGAAAUGGCGUCUCAAAUCGGAGACGCUAUUGGGGAGUUCAUUGGGACGGUGCAUAAGUGGGGGAAAGGCAAUCGGGAGGUGUGUGAGUUUUUUGAGGGGAAUGCGAGGGCGAAGACGCUGGCGGCGUGGAUGUAUUAUGGGAGGUUGGUGGACACGGUGACGUUGAAGGGGCUUGAUGUGCCUCCUAUGUUGUGCGAUCCGCCUAUUGAGGUGAGCAAGGACGAUUUGGAUAUCUUGCAGAAGGUGGCGGAUGAGACUAGUGAGGCUGUAGUGGGCGUGCGCGAUACGUUCGUAAUGGGUGAUUUCUGGCCGGGGAACAUGAUGGUGAUCCUGGAUGUGAAGACGGGCGCGUUGAGGAGGAUCUACGUGGUUGACUGGGAAAUUACUAGACCUGGGUUGCUCGGGAUGGAGGUUGGGCAGUUCUGCGCGGAGAUGCACCUGUUGCGGCGGAGUCACGAAGCGGCGUGUAAGGAGACAGCUACGCUGGUGUUGGAUCAUUUCAUGAAGAGGUACAAGAAGAUAUGUGCGCCUGACAGCAAUGAUUGCAGUCGGGCAAUUGUUCAGUGGGGUGUGCAUAUGGCGGUGUGGGGACCGCGUACGCCAUGGGGAGGGAAGGAGCUGACGAGGCAGAUUGUGUUGGAAGGCGUAGACUUGAUUGUCAAUGCAUACAAAGGAGGAGAUUCAUCGUUGAAGGAGUCGUUUGUAGGAGACAUGAUGUAG